AGUGCAAAAGUAGUUGAAGCCUAAAACUUAGAUUUAUAUAAUAACAUACCAGAAGAAACCAAACCCUCCAACUUCCAAAUCAUCCUCCUUCUGCGGCUCAUUCAAUGUCUAUACGGCUUUUUACAACAGAAAGAACAAGAAUUAAGCAGGCAAGCACCGGAAUUUAGAACUUCUGGCAUGACUAUUGAGUUCUCUCCAAUUGGAUCAUUGUUAUUCAAGUCUAUUGUGUUUUUAGGUUGGAGUAAACAUUUUUUUCUAGUCAAGUGGGAGGAUGCAGGGGCGGGCAUCUUAUCCUGAUUCCCAUGUGAAUCCAGCUUACACCAAUUCCCAAAUCAAUCCAUAUGUUGCUUCUCAGAUGCAGCACAUGCCUACACAGAGAAUGCAGCACAUGUCCACACAAAGAAUGCAGCUGAAUGCUGCAAUGAAAGAUUUUCCAGGGCGUCCAGAUUCUUUUUCUACUGAGGAAGAGCAUUCAUAUAAGUCUUCAAAAAUAGAGGAGCAAUGGAAAUGGGAUAGAGAUGCACCAAAUGUAUCAAAUCAAAUAUCGCUUUAUUCAUUUAAUGAAGGUCUGGGGGGCAAUGGGACAAGAUCGUAUUACCAGGAUCAGAUGCCAGAUCAGAGACGCAGUUCAGAUAACCAAGCAGAUGGAGAACCUAGAAGCCUAUCUCAUGAGCAAGAUAUGGAAGUUGGCUAUGAAGACAAUCCAUCACCAGUGACUUUUGAAGGUCUUGAGAGAAAAUUCAUUGAUGAAAUCAUGAACUUGGCAAAGGAACAGUGUGAUGCAGAGGAUGUGGAAAAUGCAAGGCACAGGGAGAAAAUAAUCGAGAUCAAUACUAGGCAUCAGGAAAUAGUAUCAGCGCUUCAUGCUAAACAAGCCACUGCAAGAGAAGAAUUCCUCCGCAAGGAAUUACAGGCACGGUUGAAUCGGUAUCAGCAACCCGGGACGACUCACUACCGGAAUUCAGGUCUGCACGAUGCUCAUGACUAUAUUGGAACUCCAGUUGCAGUUGCUGCUGAAGCUCAUCGAGAUUAUGCCACUAGUCAGUUUGAGUCAUAUAGAGAACUACCUCCUGUUCUCAGGAGGGAGAAAACUCGGGGAACCGAGGUUAGGGUUCCAUACCCUAGUGGCCGGGUUUACAAUAAUGCUGCCCACAAUUACUAAUGACAUACUUCUGCAAUAGGAUUCUCUCCUCAUGAAGAGGAAGUCAUGAUUUAAUGUUGUAUUUAACGGUAUAGACGAUGUUACGUGAUAAAUAUGUUGUCACGUCAUUAAAAAUAAAUAAAUGAUGUGAGCUUAUUUAUAAUGUUA